AGGGAGGAACCCUAAAAUCUAAUCUACAUAAUGCAAUAGAAUUCGUCCCUUCCCAGACCCAGUUCCUACUUCCCAAAUCCCGAUCUCCCUUCUCCGACGCCGUGAGCCGCCCUCCGUCCGGCGUUGCCCUCCUGCGCGAUGUCCGCUACAUCCUGCGCGACAUCGCUGCCCUUCGAAACAAUACUCCACGCCUCUCCGCCAUGCCACUUCGCCACACGUCUGCCGCCCGCAACUCACGAUAAAAUGAAAGCUUCACAAGCUCAUACUCAACAUGCUUCAAAUGCACCUUCAAAUAACAAUUUGGAGGUGUGUCAUCCUCAAGAACAUGGAGAGGAACCCCAAUCUCAGUCACAUACAGAAGCUACUGUGACCACAAGAAAGAAGAGAAAAAAUCCCGAGCAAAGAUCCUCUCGUUGGGCAGACUACACUGUGAUCGAAGUUGAAGUAGGGGAUCCUCCCAUUUUAAAGAAGAAAGCAAAAUGCAACCGGUGCGGCACCUUAAUUGCAACUGAUUCGUCUAGAAACGACACCAUUGGUUUGAAAAAUCACACAGAGGUUUGUAAGAGAAAGCACGAGGCGUCAGGUGAUCAAGCGAAGUUGAGUUUUUUACAUGUUCUCGGUGAUGGAAAUAGAAGUGGGGCGUUAUCAAUUUGGAAGUUUAACCAGAAGGAAAGCAAAUUGGCUUUGUGUGAGAUGAUCAUUCUAGAUGGACUCCCAUUAAUUAGGUGGUAUGCCUAAUUUGCCCUUUUUACUCGGCCGCUGGGGUGAUUGCUCGGCCGCUGGGAUGAUUGCUCGGCCGCUGCGCUUAGUGCCAUACGCAUCAUUUUAUUUUGCAUUUUCCGUCGGCACUUAUGGCACUAAUCCAAAAGGACCAUUUUAAACACUUUUCCACAGGGUUUAGAUGUUCCAUUUAGGGUUUAGAUGUUCGAUUUAGGGUUUAGAUUAUCCAUUUAUGAUUUCUUGAUUCUAUUAUUGUUGUUUAUGUAGCACGCAUGACACUUAUGACACUAUUAGUACCAUAAAUGCCAAAAGCACCAUUUUACUUGGUUUUAUUUUGGAUUUCCGUUGGCACUUUUGGCACUAUUAGUUCCAUAAGUGCCAACGGAAAUCCAAAAUAAAACCAAAGUAAAAUCUUGGCACUUAUGACACUAAUAGUGCCAUAAGUGUCUAACCCAACCCGGCACGCGACCCGCGUGUCUGAUCCUACCCGGUCCGCCUCAUUAAGGGUAAAAACGUCCAAAUCAAUAAAAAUUGCCAAAUUUUAUGUUUUUUCAA